AUGGCCGCCGCGCUUAACCGCCGCGGCUUCUCGCUCGCGCGUACGGCGCUCCCGCAGCUCCGAGCGCUGACGACCUCCGCGCAGCGCUCCGCAGUGGGGAAGGCGGAAGCGGCGGAGGUUUCCGGCAUUCCCAAGGAACAGCUCCAGCGGAAGGUGGUUGUGUACAGUCCCGCGCGAGCCGCGUCGCAGCAGGGCAUGGGGCGGCAUGGGCAGUGGAAGAUCCGAUUCGAUACCACGCAGAAGUGGGAGAACCCUCUCAUGGGGUGGACGUCAACGGCAGACCCCAUGGCAUGUGUGGCGGACUCAGCUCUCUCCUUCCACUCCAAGCAGGACGCCGUUGACUUUGUUGAACGCCACGGCUGGCACUACCAGGUCCUCGAGCCACAGAAGCCAAUUAAGAAGCCCAAAUCAUACGCGGACAACUUUCGCUGGAAGGGUCCUCCUGCCACUGCUGCUGACAAGUAG